UCUCCACUUGAAAAACAGGCUUAUAUAAAAAAGAACAGAUUGUACUAUUUUGGAGGAUUUGGUCCCAAAUUUAAAUGCUAGUGUCUACAAAUUACAAGAAGAUAAGGGUAGCUAGACAUAAUCCAAAAUGAUUGGAGUGAAGUGUAUGUUUAUGGCAAAAGCUCACACAAUUCUUGCAUCUUCAUCUCAACCUACUGACCCUUUACCUUCAAAGUUAAAACCUCCAUUCCUCAAAAGCCAAACAACACUUGAGCAGAAGAAGAAGCAGAAUCAAAGGAAACUCUCAGUUGCAGAGAUUGAAAGAGCUAUUGGUGCUGGCAUUUUCAGAGACAGGGAUACCAGCAGGGAUGCAAAGGAGAGCAAGACACUGUUUGAUUCAAUUUUGUCAAAUUCUGUUGGGGAGAAUGAAGGGGAUGUUGAGAAGAAGCUAAGACAAACUGGUGAAUGGCUUGUUGACAAAACUGAAAACACAUCUGCCUCUGCUGGAAAACAAAUUUUACUCGCUGUGUUUCAAUGGAUUCUACCAAUGUGGAUUCUUGCAUUUCUUCUGGCUUCUGGGAUGCUCAACCUACCAUUCACCACUCCAUUUCUUGAUGACUUGCUUUUGUAAAGAGUUGCCCCUUGCAUACCAGUUUCAACUUAUGUUACUUUCCUUCGUAUUAAAAGUGUACUAGUAGUAGUAUACAAGUGUUGAACUAUAGGCCAUUACUAGUGCUAAGAGUAGCUUGUUACAAAACCCUAACACAAAAUGGUGUUACUAUCAAUUCUACAGUAAAAAAAAAAAAAAAAAGGCAUCCCAAUGCAGUAAAGCUCCCCCUAUGCGCAGGUUCGAGGAAGGAUCAAACCACAAGGUUUUAUUGUACGGAGCAUUACAUUUCUGCAAGAGGUUGUUACCACCCGAUCAAUUCUAAAGUUGAAAUGAGAAAAACAAAAAGAUGUCAACUUGUCUGAUAACGAAAAAGAAGUCAUCCCUCAACGUGUAACACAAAACAAAAUACACCAACAUUCAAAGUAAGUGUUUUUUUGUUUUA